AUGGACGAAUACGGCAACGUGGUUGCUUUUGCAAACUACAUGGGAGCCCAGAACCGCUCUCUUCCUGAGCUUCAAGAAGUCGAGUCCUUGAGUCCUCGGGUGAUACGGGUUUUGGGCGGAAAUCCAGGAGUCAUGCACCUGCAAGGGACUAAUACUUAUAUUCUCGGGGACGGACCGGAGCGUCUCUUGAUUGACAGCGGACAGGGCCGCAUAUCCUGGUCGAACUCGAUAACGGCUUUAACGCGACGGCAUAACUUCAGAAUCUGCAAAGUACUUUUGACACACUGGCAUCUGGAUCACACCGGUGGCGUUCGAGAUCUCAUUGAGAAGGAUCCGCAAUUAAAGAGCGCUAUUUACAAAAACAACCCCGACACCAACCAGAAGCCAAUCUACGAUGGACAAGUCUUUAUCGUCCAAGGGGCGACAGUUCGCGCCGUUUUUACGCCUGGACAUUCAAACGAUCAUAUGUGCUUUUAUUUGGAAGAGGAAAACGCCCUAUUUACCGGCGAUACCAUUUUGGGACACGGGACAACUGUUGUGGAGGAUCUGUGGGAAUAUAUGCACAGCCUGCUCAAGAUGGAAACAGUGAAUCCUCAUGUCGGAUAUCCAGGUCAUGGGGCACUCAUUCCAAAACUGCAGCUAAAGCUGCAGCAAGAGAUCAGGCAAAGGAAACGCCGUGAAAAACAAAUUAUCGCUUCGUUGGAAAUCAUUGGGUCGAGAAGGGGGGAUAAAGGUUCCGCAACCGAAGCCGAGAUUAUUGCAGUGAUAUUCGGCCCCCAACUACCCCCAGAUGUCUCCGAUCACUUGAAGCCACAAAUUAAAGAAAUUCUUAUGAAGAUGGCACGCGAGAAGCGGAUGGGCUUCCGAUUCAAGGAUGGGCAGAAGCGCUGGUUCGCCAAUUCUAUUGAAUCUUGGGUUUUUCUCUGCAGAAACUACACUAGUCCUAUCCCAUUAAGCGCUAUUUUCUCACUGCAUGAUGAUGACCGGUUAUCGAAACUCGCAUGGCAAAUCCCUGCUGUUGGCGAGAAGUAUAAAUCAGAAAACACCAUAUGUCAAUUAUCUUAG